AUGAGCAACUGCAAUGACCUGCAGCAGCAGCAGCAGCAGCAGCAGGAGCAGCAGCAGGAGCAGCAGGAGCAAGUAGAGCAGCAGCAGCAAAUGCAGCAACAGCAGCAGGAGCCUCCAAACAAGCCGCUUCCCUAUCCACCACCCCAACAAAAGAGCAACCCCACCACCCGCACUCCCCUAACCACCACCACCAUCAUCAUCAUCAGCAGCAGCAGCAGCAGCAGCAACAGCAGCAACAGCAGCAGCAAAUAUAAAUAUACCUGCCUCCCUCUCCCUCUUCCUGCUGCUGCUCCCUGA